GGAGAAAAUUUUUUCCAUUAAAGAAAAGUUAGCAAUGACCUCUCAACACAUAUUACCACUUCCUCUAUCCAUUAUUCCUUAUCAUCUUCUUCAUCAUCCCGGCGUGAAGCUAAGAUUUCCGGUCAGCCCAGAAAUGGCCGAUAACCGACCGCCAUUAUCAUUAUCAUCAUCAUCAUAUAGAAGUAGAAGCUAUGGAAGAGAAGCAUUCUUGGUGCCUGCCCUCUUGGCUUUUGCAACCUCAACUUUAAUAGCCUUCCAUAUUGCUUUUACCUCCCAGCUCCACUCCAUAAUAAUCCAUCCUAAACAAACGCGCCUCCGCGUCAAGUCCCCGGCCGGAGAGUUUUCCGAGGCCGGUGGACGGCGUAGUAUGAACUUCUCGUCUUCUUCGGCGGCUGUGUUGCCGGAUUAUUCUCCCCGUGUGUCAACGCCGGCGAGUCAACGGUCGCCGGUUGACGGUUCCGGUCGGAGCUUAGGAGCGUUUCCCGCCGCCAGCUCAUCCGUUCCCGCCAAAACCUUUGUAGGUCAAUUCCGUUGGUAGAUCAUUCUUCGAAAAUUCUGGACAAAGCCUUUCUGACAUGAACAUUUAAUGAUGUGUAGCUCGCCACUUUGGGUUUUGCAUUUCUCAGUGGAUGGUUUGCUUCCGUUUCAAUAUAAUACGUUUCUCAGAUCAUAUUCCAAGGCGAAUAUAAUACGCUUACGUACUCAUUUUCACAUUGGUGAUUUUUCCAAUUGCACUUCUCUUUAAUUCGUGUAAGACUAUCGUGAAUUUUCUAGAUAAAAUUGUUGUAGCUUCAAUAUUAAAUGCUUCGUAGCUUGCAGUUUCCAGCUUUAGGAUUCUCAAGAUAUGUUCUUUUCGUUUAUAAGUGCAUGUUUUUAUUUAAAACUCACCGCCCAUUAAUUAUGUAAUUGGC